ACAGUAUGAAAGAACUACUCAAGCAGUUUAUGAAGUAGAAAAUUCUAUAGACACGUUGCUAGACCUACUGCAAAUGUACAGAGGGAAAGCUGGGGACAAAAUUUCAGAGAAAGGAGGAAGCAUUUUCACAAAGACAUGUUGUUUGUUGGCCAUCCUUUCAAAGGACUCCAAAAGAGCUUUGGAAAUCCGAAGCAUACCAAGAGCUGUUACUUGCAUUCAAAGCCUAUAUAAACUUACAGCUCGUAAACACAAAAUGGAUGCAGAGAGAAUACUUGUGAAGCAGAAAACAAACACUUUCCUAAGUGGAACUUCCUUUGUUCCAGUAACUCCUCUAAGAAUAAAAACAGUUUUGAGAAUUAAACCAGACUGGGUUUUGAGGAAAGAUAACAUGCAAGAAGUUGUGGAUCCUCUGCAAGCAAUUCUGAUGGUGGUGGAUACACUUGGUAUUGCCUGCUACUGAAAUGUAAAUGAUGUAUAUGAAAAUCUAUUUGUACACUAUGU